AAUCACAUCUCUCUCUAUCUCUCACUCUCUCUAAGAUGGGGGCUCUUGACUACCUCUCCAACUUUUGCACUGUGACCAGCACAAGAGGCAAACGCAAAGCAAUGCAGGUACUCAUUAGCUCCAUCUUAGAGAGACAGUUGAGAUCAAGGUGAAAAUGGACUGUGAUGGCUGUGAAAGAAGAGUUAAAAAUGCUGUUACCAACAUGAAAGGUGUGAAAACUGUGGAUGUGAACCGAAAGCAAAGCAGGGUGACAGUCAGUGGCUACGUUGAGCCAAACAAGGUGUUAAAGAAAGUGAAGAGCACCGGAAAGAGAGCUGAGUUCUGGCCAUACAUCGCACACAAUCUAGUCUACUAUCCUUAUGUGACUCAAGCCUAUGACAAGAGGGCCCCAUCUGGCUUUGUUAGGAAUGUUGCACAAGCUGCCCCUGUGGGGCCCAACGCUCCAGAGGAGAGAUUGACCUCUCUCUUCAGUGAUGAUAACCCAAAUGCAUGUUUCAUCAUGUGACGGCUUUUAUGCUCUCUCCGUCUCAUAUUGUUAGUUCAUUGAGAAAACACGUGUAACUUUUGAAUAAAAAAUGAAGUACGUACUUUCAUGUGUAGUUUUUAAAAUUUCUUGAUGGUAAAUUAAAGAACUAAUUGAGAUCUUUAAUUUGGUGUUAAGAAAAUUUUAAAAAAUUAUGCAUAAAAGUACUUUAUUUUUUCUAUUUAAAAAAAAUUGCUCGUCUUUUCGUAGUAAAUCUACAAUAUGGGACGGAGGGGGUACGGGUUGAGACUUGUUGAGAAACUUGUGUGAACUUGUUUGGUUCUUGUUUUCUCUUUGGAAUUUUGUGGUGGGUUAGACAAUUGGAGGAAGUUGAGUGAACAUAUACUAUUAAGGCUUUUCUAGAUUGAAGUGAGGUGUAAUAUUUUGCUCUCUUUUUCCCCCUUACCAUGUUUCGUUUGAGAAGCUUUGGGAAGAAAUGCGACACUAGGGCUUGUUCGUUUUGGGUAUCCAAAACCCUUGCGCACAUUCUUUAAUAAAUUUUCUUUCU